AUGACCCGAAUCUUUGGACUAUCAACUAUCACAGUUCUUGCUAUUUUUUUCGUCGCAUCUCCUUUUUUGACCCAGGCAUUCCGUUGGGGUAACUACUACCAGUUUGAACAUGCUCUGAUUGGGCAAGGUAAAGGGGAAAAUUUCUUGGGAAGAGACCCAGUGAAGGAGUUUGAAAGAUUUUCAUGGAAUAAAGACGAAAUCGAAGAGACUGUUGGAAGAUUUUUUACAAGCUUUGAUGAAAAAAAUAUAGACGAUUUAGUCAGUCAGAUCCACGAUUACUCGAAUGCCCAGUUUUUUAUUUUCCAACAUCAUCUCAUGGGAACACAAAUCGCUGGUCUUAUGGAAGACGUGCUACAUACCAAGGGGAACACCUACGACACAACCAUCAAUACUGUGAGGUGCUGGACACCCUCGGCAAAAGUUGCCAAGCUUGGAGUUCAUGGUAAAAUGACUCUCAAAGAAGAUGGCAACAGUAGACAAGUGCCUCUGAAUGUGUUGAUGACUCUUGCAAAAGAUCAGAACAUCAUAAAGGUCUCUGGAUUGAGGACAGUACAGGAGAUUACCGUGGAGAGGUAA